AUGUCCCCACCUUCCAAACCACCUCUGACGGUCCGCGACCUGCCGACCGACCUCUUCCGCCACAUCCUCGAUCAUCUAGGCUGCGAUGUCCACGAGACUCUCUCCGCAUGCACCCUUGUCUGCCGCGACUGGCUGAACGUCAGCAGACAGCACCUCUUCGCCGAGCUCCAUGUUCUCCGCGGCGCCGAUGAGUCCUUCCAGGAUCUCGUCGACUUCCUCGACGCGCACCCAGUGCAUGCCGCCUGCGUCCGCACACUCCAGCUCGAAGCGCGACUGUUCAGCUUCCCAUUCAACGUCCCCCUCAUGCCGACCAUCGACCUCGAUGUCUUCGCCCGCAUAUCCCGCGCGCUCCCGGGGCUUCAGAACGUGCGCAUGCGCCAGGUCCGCAUCGCCGCUCCAGGCGGCAAGCCUCUGCCCCCUCUCCCCAAUCCUCCCCCGCGGCGGCGCCUCGACCACAUGGAGUACGAAAAGUGCUACGGCGAGAUCGCGCCCACGUUCGAGUUCCUCGCGCACUUCCAGUACGACCAUCUCGAUUUCUGUCCCAUAUUCCCCGACACCAACCCCGCGACGAUCCGCGCGGGGCCGCACGCUCUCCUCGCGCGCUCGGUCUGUCUUAUCCCGGUCACUCCCAAUCCACACGUUGUCGUCGCUGCGAUGAGACAGGUCACACCCCCGGAGACGUUCAUGUCGUUCCGAUGGCCCACGUCCCAACUCUCGGAUCCUCAAGUCCCUGUCGCGGCCUUGCUCCAGGACAUCGGCCAGAACCUGGUGGAUGUGCAUCUAGGACCAAGCGAACGAGACGCGCACCUCGCCCUCCCGCACCUCCCCCGCCUCCAAACAUUCCGCUACAGCGCCGGCGUCUCCCUCCUCGCCCCGCCGUCAGAGAUGCACGCGCAGCGGAUGCAGUUCGCGUCCUUCUUCCGCGACUUCCUCCCGCUCCUCCCCGCGGACCUCCAGGAGCUCGUCCUCUACGUGCAGUGGUCGGACGACGAGGGCGUGCCGCACCCGCGCUCGCACUCGCACGGACCGUCACACGGGGCGGGAGCCGCGCGCGCGCUCGUCCCGGGGGAGGCGACGAUGCCGAUGUGGGGCGCGGACGCGCCGACGAUGGAGCGUCUGAAGUGGCUCAAGUGGCUCACGCUCUGCAUGCCGGCGGUGCCCGAGGGGGACGUCGGGCGCGCGACGGCGGAGGCGGCCAAGUGCUUCCCGAAGGCGCACGCGCACGCCGCGUUCCGGGUGAGCGUCGUGGUGUGGGAGCUCGAAUGCCGGGAACACGACAUCUACGAUUAUCUGAGCGACUGCUGA